AUGAGAGCUUUAUUUGAUCAAGAUGAAGAUGAAGAAGCAAUCAUUGUUGAGAAUAACCGAUUUUCUCAACGACUUUUAUUUGAUAUCGAAGCAUAUGAAGUUCUACACGAAAAUUUUCUCAAUCCGGAACAGUGUCGAACUUGGCAUGUUGGUUUUACUUUAGCAGAAAAAGAGAAGCGUGGCUUUUUUGCCUGGAGACGAUUUAUAUUUCCAAGUUCUAUUCCCUUCUUGAAUUGUCCUGUUCCAUUAUCAUCUAAAUUAUUUCCACCGAUUGGUACAAUUAUCUAUGGUUAUCUAAUAGAUUCUCGUCGUUGUUUAUCCUUUGGUGAUAUGUCCUAUCGAAAUAAUACAAUGUCCAAAGAUGAACAAAGAUCAAUGAAGAUUGACAAUGAUGAUGGUAUUUCUAUUACAAGAUCUUAUGAAUCAUCGAUUCCUCCUCUUACCACAUAUCUUUUUUUCGAUAAAAUUCCUCUGUGGGCCGAUUUGCUUCCAGGUCGCUACAAUUUAAUAUGCCAAAUGCGAUUACGACGUCAUCUUGUCGAUAGUUGUCCUAACGAUGGUUAUUUGCUUGGUAGGGCUCCUUUUGCGAUUUUUUUGUUAGGCGACCGAGCUGACCGUGGUGGUCGAUGGAAUACUCUUCGAUAUCCUUGGUUGAAAAAACAGCCUCAAAAAUAUGGUGACGAUCGCUGGUUUAAUGUUUCUUUUAGAAAACUUUUUUCUUAA